UAAAAUUUGAAGCUUCUACAAAGUGGGGGAUCAUGACUCAGAAGAAGAGAACGACAAGAAAAUAUAGUGUGAAGAUUAAUCUGCAAGAAGAAAGAGUUAGUGAAAUUUGAGGUAGAAAAUGGCGGAGAAACGUUCACUUCCACAUUUUGUUUUGAUUCAUGGAGCAGGUCACGGAGCUUGGUGCUGGUACAAGAUCAGGUGCCUCCUGGAAACCUCCGGUUACAAGGUAACAUGUCUCGACCUCAAAGGUUCUGGUAUCGAUCUCUGCGAUCCCAACACAAUCCUCACCUUCCAUGAAUAUAACAAGCCUCUUCUCGACUUCUUGUCCAAUUUGCCAGAGAAUCACAAGGUUAUCUUGGUGGGGCAUAGUGCAGGAGGUUUAAGCUUGACGGACGCUAUACAUAGAUUCGGCAAGAAAAUUCAGAUGGCCAUUUACAUUUCAGCCAACAUGUUGAAGUAUGGCUUCUGUACACCUCAAGAUGAUGAAGAUGGAGAGCCUCAUCCAUCUGAAUAUGGGGAAAUAAAUGUCUUUGAAUAUGGCAUGGGAAUUGAUCAGCCUCCAACCUCUGUUAUCAUAAAGGAGGAGUUCCAGUGUGAAAUUUUGUAUCAAAUGAGCCCCAAGGAGGACUUGACAUUAGCAUCCAGUCUUCUUCGACCAGCACCAUGUAGGGCAUUCAGAAGUGCUCAAUUCGUCGGAGGAGAGGAUGCAGAUUCGGUGCCUCGAGUAUACAUCAAGACACUGCAUGAUCGAGUAUUGAAACUGUCGCAGCAAGAAGCCAUGAUUAGGAGAUGGCAACCUUCUCUUGUUUUUGCUUUAGAAAGUGAUCAUUGCCCAAUUUUCUCCACCCCAUCUCAGCUCUUCUCUUGUCUAAUCAAUGCUGUUGCUUCCAUUAAGUUUUAACUAGCGAAGCACAGUUAUUUAUAUAUUUUUUAAUUUUAAUAUAUAAAAAUAAUAUAAUAUCUUAUAAUA